UUCAUGCUCUCGGGAAUACAUACCGUACCGUACGUGCGUGCUCAUCACUCUCAUCGGCACUUCCCGCUAAACCCUGUCGCUUCCCGUGCCCGUGGUUACGGCAGAUGCAUGUCCAGUCUGGUGAACUACUCUACCUGUCCACGCUGCUCUCGAUACCGUGAUCGCUAAAGCGCAACUGAACCUGGCCAACUCGACGCGACUCGGAAACCGCAGCAUUUACUCCUCGGCCAGUACCAGACGCGUCUCCAUGGAUUCCUUCUCGGACGAUGAACGAGAACCCGGACACGGCAUGGAGAACGGUGGUGGCUCCGACGAGGACGAGAUAAUGGAGGAUGUGGACCAAGACCAAGACGAGGAGGAGGAAGAUGAGCCGGAACCCGAUGAGGAGGACAACGACAACGACGAGGACGAUGCGCAGGAUGACGAGCCGGAUGGGGAUCAGGAGGAAGAGACGCAGCAGCAGCCACGUUCACGGUCGACUACAGAUGCUCCUCCAAACCGUCCCCUCCCGUUACUACGUCCCGGCGCCGACACAGCGCUCACAUACGACAUCGUGCCGUACGUCGCCGCACCGAUGUCGACGAGCAUCAAUGCGUUCUGCGCGACGCCGUGUAUGCGGUGGAUCUUUACCGGUGGGAGUGACGGGUACAUUCGACGCUUCGACUGGUAUGGGAGUAUGAAUGGGAAAGUGCCGUUGACGGUCGCGCAGAAACAUCCAUUCGUGGAUAGUGUUACUCGCGCGGGUAUACUGCUUUCUUACUGGGAGAAUGAGGAACCGGCUGUUAGGAGCAGCUAUUUACAUGUGCCAGAGACCACCGACGAUCUUAAGUUGAGCCCGGUUUAUUCUCUGGCCGUGCAUAACCAGAGCUUGUGGUUGCUAAGUGGGCUGGAGAGCGGUGGGAUCAAUCUGCAAUCGGUUCGUCACGACGAGGGAAAGAUCAUCCACACCCUGCGGAAACAUACCUCGGCAGUCUCGGUCCUCGCUCUCGCCGCGGACGAGAAGUCCGUCAUCUCUGGCUCCUGGGAUAGGAACGUCUACGAUUGGGACCUCAACACAGGGAAGGUGGUGCGGGAAUUUGGAGGAUCGGCGGGACAGAUCUCGGCCGUCGCCUUCAGGCCGCACACACAGGGUGUAGCAUGGGAGGAUAUUUCUCGUGAAAUUCUCACGAACGGCGCAGGAGACUCGUCCGGUCCUACACCGGCGCCGACUACGAAUGGUGUUGCGCCUCCUGCUCAGAAUGAGCCGGAUGCCCCUGGAUCCCCUGCGGAUAGUGCCCGCAGCUUUGGCUCCCUCUUUGGAGAUGAUGAUAUGGGUGAUGAGAUGAGCGAGAUGAACCAGGCUAUAGUCAACGGCCUCGACGGGGGCUCAACAAGUCACGAGCAGCAGCCACCAGACGACCACUCCGUGCCGAACCCCUCAAAUAGCAUAACCCCCAGGAGUGCUGCUGCCGCCGCCGCCACCACCCCCGCUGCCGCCGCUGCGGCACCAUCUCCCCCACCAAGCGCACACCCCCCACCACCGCUCCCCCCUGGCCCCACAACUGACCAAAAUACCUUCCUAGCCGCCGGUAUGGACGGCACCCUCCGCCUUUGGGACCGACGCAUGUCCGUCCCCAUCACCGUCUCCCAACCAAGCCGCAAUGUACCUCCCUGGUGCAUGAGCAGCGUCUGGAGCACGGAUGGUAACUUUGUUUACGCCGGACGUCGCAACGGCUGCGUUGAGGAGUACUCGGUCCACAAGGGGCUCUCCACUCCCACUAGAACCCUGAAAUUCCCGCUCGGUAGUGGUAGUGUCACUGCCAUGACGGCGAUGCCUAACGGGAGACAUCUCAUCUGUGCAAGCUUUGAUAAUUUGCGCUUAUGGGAUCUAAGGUGGGAGGAACGCAGGGGAGGGCCUACAACGCCGUUUUUGAUUAUUCCCGGCCACCAUGGUGGUGUCGUAUCGCAUCUGCACGUCGACAGAACAUGUAGAUAUCUCGUCAGCGCCGCUGGCAACCGCGGCUGGGAAGGCGCUAAUACCGAGGUGCUACUGGGGUACGAAAUCAUGUGGUGAUGUCCUGCUUCCGAUGUCUAAAUGUACUGUUUUGCUUGUUGCCUGCUUGCUCGGACGGCGUUGGGGAAUUACGGGAUUGUAUUAGUUAUUUUGCAGGUGAAGACGGCGGUGGGCUUUGAAUGUUGAUGUCCCUGGAAUCGGAGACGAGAACAUAGCGGCUGGAUUGUUUGAAUGGUGAAUGUUGAUGUUAAAGUUGAAAGGAAUGGGAUGAGAAAGUUUGUG